GUUUAGGAAGGGUCAGGUGAAGAUUUUCCAAGGCAGGAGACUUGCCCAUUUCUAAGAAGAGAAUUGAAAAGGAGACAGAGAACACAAUGUUAAUAGUUUAAAAAUCUGGGUGUGUGUUACUCGCUCAGGUAUUUCUGUAGGCUUGAGACUGAUUUCAGAAAAGGCGUGCAAGAAGAUAAGGAUCUGGAAAUAGUGUAUUCCUAUUUACAUGGUAUGGAAGCCUUAUCAAACCUGAGGGAACACCAACUUAGGUUAAUGUGUGAAACUGUGAGAUAUGAAAGACACGAAGCAAAUGAAGUUUUAUACUAUCCUGAUGAUAUUGGGACCUGCUGGUAUAUCCUUCUCUCUGGUUCCGUGUUCAUUAAGGAAUCCAUGUUUCUUCCAAGAAGCAGUUUUGGCAAGCGUUCUGCAGGAAGCUUUAGGCGUGGCUGUGAAUGCAUUGUUUUAGAGCCUUCUGAAAUGAUUGUGGUGGACUAUAUGGAUGAAAAUGAAGAAUAUUUCCAGCGUCAGGCUUCUCAUCGACAGUCUCGGAGGAGAUUUAGAAAAAUUAACCAGAAAGGUGAACGGCAAACAAUUAUUGACACUGUGGAUCCUUAUCCUGUGGGCAAACCGCCGCUGCCUAGAGGCUAUCAUACGGAAUGCACUAAAUCUCAGCUUCCUGCAGAUUUCACAAAACUACACCUUACUGAUAGCCUCCACCCACAGGUGACCCACGUUUCUUCUAGCCACUCAGGAUGUAGUAUCACUAGUGAUUCUGGAAGCAGCAGUCUUUCUGAUAUCUACCAGGCCACAGAAAGUGAGGCUGGUGAUAUGGACCUGAGUGGGCUGCCAGAAACAGCAGUGGAUUCUGAGGACGACGACGAUGAAGAAGACAUUGAGCGGGCCUCGGAUCCUCUGAUGAGCAGGGACAUCGUGCGAGACUGCCUGGAGAAGGACCCCAUUGACCGGACAGACGAUGACAUUGAACAACUCUUGGAAUUUAUGCACCAGUUGCCUGCGUUUGCCAAUAUGACAAUGUCAGUGAGACGAGAGCUCUGUGCUGUGAUGGUAUUUGCAGUGGUGGAAAGAGCUGGGACCAUAGUGUUAAAUGAUGGUGAAGAGCUGGAUUCCUGGUCAGUGAUUCUCAAUGGUUCUGUAGAAGUGACUUACCCAGAUGGCAAAGCAGAAAUAUUAUGUAUGGGAAAUAGUUUUGGUGUCUCUCCCACCAUGGACAAAGAAUACAUGAAAGGAGUAAUGAGAACAAAGGUGGAUGACUGCCAGUUUGUCUGCAUAGCCCAGCAAGAUUAUUGCCGUAUUCUCAACCAAGUAGAGAAGAACAUGCAAAAAGUGGAGGAAGAAGGAGAAAUUGUUAUGGUGAAAGAACACCGAGAGCUUGAUCGAACUGGAACAAGAAAGGGACACAUUGUCAUCAAGGGCACCUCAGAAAGAUUAACAAUGCAUUUGGUGGAAGAGCAUUCGGUGGUGGAUCCAACGUUCAUAGAAGACUUCCUAUUGACCUACAGGACUUUUCUUUCCAGCCCAAUGGAAGUGGGCAAGAAGUUAUUGGAGUGGUUUAAUGACCCGAGCCUCAGGGAUAAGGUUACACGGGUAGUAUUAUUGUGGGUAAAUAAUCACUUCAAUGACUUUGAAGGAGAUCCUGCGAUGACUCGAUUUCUAGAAGAAUUUGAAAAUAAUCUGGAAAGAGAGAAAAUGGGUGGACAUCUAAGGCUGUUAAAUAUUGCAUGUGCAGCUAAAGCAAAAAGGAGACUGAUGACAUUAACAAAACCAUCCCGAGAAGCUCCUCUGCCUUUUAUCUUACUGGGAGGCUCAGAGAAGGGAUUUGGGAUCUUUGUGGACAGUGUCGAUUCAGGCAGCAAAGCAACUGAAGCCGGCUUGAAGCGAGGGGAUCAGAUACUAGAAGUAAAUGGUCAAAACUUUGAAAAUAUUCAGCUGUCCAAAGCCAUGGAAAUUCUUAGAAAUAACACACAUUUAUCUAUCACUGUGAAAACCAAUUUAUUUGUAUUUAAAGAACUUCUGACAAGAUUGUCAGAAGAGAAAAGAAAUGGUGCCCCUCAUCUUCCUAAAAUUGGAGACAUCAAAAAGGCCAGUCGCUACUCCAUUCCAGAUCUUGCUGUAGAUGUGGAACAGGUGAUAGGACUUGAAAAGGUAAAUAAAAAAAGUAAAGCCAAUACCGUUGGAGGAAGGAACAAGCUAAAGAAGAUACUCGACAAGACUCGGAUCAGUAUCUUGCCACAGAAACCAUAUAAUGAUAUUGGGAUUGGUCAGUCUCAAGACGACAGCAUCGUGGGAUUAAGGCAGACGAAGCAUAUCCCAACCGCAUUGCCCGUCAGUGGCACCUUGUCAUCCAGCAACCCUGACUUACUGCAGUCACACCAUCGCAUUUUAGACUUCAGUACUACUCCUGACUUGCCAGAUCAAGUGUUAAGGGUCUUCAAAGCUGAUCAGCAAAGCCGAUACAUCAUGAUCAGUAAGGACACCACGGCGAAGGAAGUGGUCAUUCAGGCCAUCAGGGAGUUUGCUGUGACUGCCACUCCUGAUCAGUAUUCGCUGUGUGAGGUCUCUGUCACCCCUGAGGGAGUCAUCAAACAGAGAAGGCUUCCAGAUCAGCUUUCCAAACUUGCUGAUAGAAUACAGCUGAGUGGAAGAUAUUACUUGAAAAACAACAUGGAAACAGAAACCCUUUGUUCAGAUGAAGAUGCUCAGGAGUUGUUGAGAGAGAGCCAAAUUUCCCUCCUGCAGCUCAGUACUGUGGAAGUUGCCACACAGCUCUCCAUGCGAAAUUUUGAACUCUUCCGCAACAUUGAACCUACUGAAUACAUAGAUGAUUUAUUUAAACUGAAAUCAAAAACCAGCUGUGCCAACCUGAAGAAAUUUGAAGAAGUCAUUAACCAGGAAACAUUUUGGGUAGCGUCUGAAAUUCUGAGAGAGACAAACCAGCUGAAGAGGAUGAAGAUCAUUAAGCAUUUCAUCAAGAUAGCACUCCACUGUAGGGAAUGCAAGAAUUUUAACUCAAUGUUUGCAAUCAUCAGUGGCCUAAACCUGGCACCAGUAGCAAGACUGCGAACCACCUGGGAAAAACUUCCCAAUAAAUAUGAAAAGCUAUUUCAGGAUCUCCAAGACCUGUUCGAUCCUUCCAGAAACAUGGCAAAAUAUCGCAAUGUCCUCAAUAGUCAAAACCUACAACCUCCCAUAAUCCCUCUGUUCCCAGUUAUCAAGAAGGAUCUCACGUUUCUUCAUGAAGGAAAUGACUCAAAAGUCGAUGGACUGGUCAAUUUUGAGAAACUAAGGAUGAUUGCGAAAGAAAUUCGUCAUGUUGGCCGAAUGGCUUCGGUUAACAUGGAUCCUGCCCUCAUGUUCAGGACUCGGAAGAAGAAAUGGAGGAGUCUGGGGUCCCUCAGCCAGGGUAGUGCAAACGCAACGGUGCUAGACGUUGCUCAGACAGGUGGGCAUAAAAAGCGGGUACGUCGUAGUUCCUUUCUCAAUGCCAAAAAGCUUUACGAAGAUGCCCAAAUGGCUCGAAAAGUGAAGCAGUACCUGUCCAAUUUGGAGCUAGAAAUGGAUGAGGAGAGUCUUCAGACGCUAUCCCUGCAGUGUGAGCCAGCAACCAACACAUUGCCUAAGAAUCCUGGUGACAAGAAGCCUGUCAAAACUGAGACCUCCCCAGUGGCUCCGAGGGCAGGAGAGACUCAGCAAGCACAGCCCCAGCCGCAGCCCCAGCAGCCGCAGCCACCACAUAAAGUCAACCAAGGACUGCAGGUCCCCGCCGUGUCCCUUUAUCCUUCCCGGAAGAAAGUGCCGGUCAAGGAUCUCCCACCCUUCGGCAUAAACUCUCCACAAGCUUUAAAGAAAAUCCUUUCUUUGUCUGAAGAAGGAAGUCUGGAACGACACAAGAAACAAGCAGAAGAUACGAUAUCAAAUGCAUCUUCACAGCUUUCUUCUCCCCCUACUUCUCCACAAAGUUCUCCAAGGAAAGGCUAUACUCUGGCUCCCAGUGGUACUGUGGAUAAUUUUUCAGAUUCUGGUCACAGUGAAAUUUCUUCACGAUCCAGUAUUGUCAGCAAUUCCUCCUUUGACUCGGUGCCCGUCUCGCUGCAUGAUGAGAGGCGCCAGAGGCAUUCUGUCAGCAUCGUGGAAACAAACCUAGGCGUGGGCAGGAUGGAGAGGAGGACCAUGAUCGAGCCCGAUCAAUACAGCUUAGGGUCCUACGCACCCAUGUCUGAGGGUCGGGGCUUAUAUGCUACAGCAACAGUAAUUUCUUCCCCAAGCACAGAGGAGCUUUCCCAAGACCAGGGGGAUCGCGCUUCACUGGAUGCAGCCGACAGUGGCCGUGGGAGCUGGACCUCGUGCUCAAGUGGUUCCCAUGAUAAUAUCCAGACCAUCCAGCACCAGCGAAGCUGGGAAACACUUCCAUUCGGGCACACUCACUUCGAUUAUUCAGGGGAUCCUGCAGGUGUCUGGGCCUCAAGCAGCCAUAUGGACCAAAUGAUGUUUUCUGAUCAUAGCACAAAGUAUAACAGGCAAAAUCAAAGCAGAGAGAGCCUUGAACAAGCCCAAUCCCGGGCAAGCUGGGCCUCUUCCACGGGCUACUGGGGAGAGGACUCAGAAGGGGACACAGGCACAAUAAAGCGGAGGGGUGGCAAAGAUGUCUCCAUUGAAGCCGAGAGCAGCAGCAUGCCACCCGUGACCACAGAGGAAACCAAGCCCGUCCCCAUGCCUGCCCACAUAGCUGUGACACCAACUACUGCAAAGGGACUUAUUGCGCGCAAGGAGGGCAGGUAUCGAGAGCCCCCGCCCACUCCUCCAGGCUACAUCGGGAUCCCCAUCACUGACUUCCCAGACGGGCAUUCCCAUCCGACCAGGAAACCUCCAGACUACAACGUGGCGCUUCAGAGAUCUCGGAUGGUCGCCCGCCCCUCCGAGGCAGCGGGGCCCUCGCCCGCCCAGCAGCCACAUGCGCAUCCCGGGGCUGGCAGGCCGGUGAACAAGCCCCAGUGGCAUAAACCCAAUGAGUGCGACCCGCGCCUCGCCCCCUAUCAGUCUCAAGGGUUUUCUGCGGAGGAGGACGAAGAUGAACAAGUAUCUGCUGUUUGAGGCACAGGCUUUUCUGGAUCCAGAGUGAGCCACUGCCAGGAGAGCACAGGAAGACGCCCCAGCAUCAGGGCCCGGGAACUCACAUUCUGAGGAUGGUGGACCAGUUUGCCUCCUUCCCUGCCUUAAAAGCAGCAUGGGGCUUUCUCCCCUUCUUCCUUCCCCUUUGCAUGUGAAAUACUGUGAAGAAAUUGCCCUGGCACUUUUCAGACUUUGUUGCUUGAAAUGCACAGUGCAGCAAUCUUCAAGUCCCCACUGUUGCUGCCUGCCACGUCACACAGUAUCAUUCCACAUUCCAAGAUCAUCACCACAAGAUGAGGCACCCCGGCUGCACUUCUCAAUGCCUGGAAAGGUUGUUUUUAAAUCUUCCUUUUAGAUUUCAAUCCAGUCCUAGCACUUGGUCUCGUUGGGAGAAUGAGAAAAGCUAGCUGUCGAACUUCUCGGGGCCUUUAACCCCCCAAGGAAGACAAAGAAAAACAAUGAAAUCCUUUGAGGACAGUGCUUGUCCACUUGUUUACAAUGUCCUCCUUUUUUUUUUUUUUUAAUGAGUUUAAAGAUUGUGUUCAGAGAGUCAAUGUUAUAUCCAUUUAAUAAUUACAGUAUUAUUUUGAACCUUUAAGUAGGGUUGCCAGCCUGGGUUUCUAAAAAAAGAAAGAAAAAAAAACAAAUAUGCCAGACAGGGUGUGGCCACAGCAAGAAGAAGGGAAGACCUGGCAUGGGACCCUGUCUUCCCGUGUCCUUCAGGCCUCCCCCGUGAAGUGCCCUAUCCUGGAGACGUAUAAACUGUUAGCCAAUCACUCAGAUACCAAGACACCCCUCCACUCCUUCCCCAGUGGGUGGGGGUCUCCUGUCAUACUGUUUGCACAUGGCCAGGGGAGGGAAAUAGGACUCUUGCGUCCUGUGUCUGAGCCUUAUGGAGUGCAGGACAGUGUCGUUUGAGGGUGUGUCCUGCUCCAUUGACAUGGAUGGCAACCUCCCCCCCCCCUUUUUUAAGUUAUGUUUCUUUGAUUUUUGUUUAUUUAGUUUUAGGGAUUUUUUUGUUUGUUUUUCAAGAGAAACGUUUAUAACUGGAUAGCAUUGCAGUGAAAGCAGCUUGGGAUGUUGGAGCUAAUGCCAGCUGUUCGUACUGCUCUUUCAAGACAGCCUCCCUUUACUGAAUUGGCAUUAGGGAAUAAACAAGCCUUGACCGUGAUCAAAGAUCAAAAGAUCCCAAACCUGGUGGGAUAUGCCAGCCUUCGCCAGGGGGGUUAGUCACCGAAGACUAACCUGGAAGUGGCUUAAUGGACACAGGAUGGAUAGAGAAGGCCUAAGUGUAGCAACCACCUGCUCACAGCUGCUAUUAACCCUAUAAUGACUGAAAUGACCCUUCCACUCUAUUUUUGUGUUGUUUUUGCACAGACUCCGGAAAAGUGAAGGCUGCCAAUCCGAGUAGUACUCAAAUGUGAGGAACUGCUGGUCUUGGAUUUUUUUCCAUUAAAUUCAGCUGAUCAUAUUGAUCAGUAGAGAAACGUAAAUAGCUUCAAAUUUUAAAAAGAGUCAAAAUGCAGUGUUUUUUCACUGUAUCAAACAAUGUCAGUGCUUUAUUUAAUAAUUCUCUUGUCUCAUGGCAUUUGUCUACUUGCUUAUAUAUUACAUUGUCAAUUAAGCAUUUGUAAUUUUACAUGUAAUAUGCAUUCUUUGCCAGUUUUAUUAUAUAGGCUAUGGACCUCAUGUGCAUAUAGAAAGACAGAAACCUAACUCUACCACAAGUUGCACAAAUGUUACCUAAGCAUUAAGUAAGCGUAGAACAUAGGACUGCUAAUCUCAGUUCGCUCUGUGAUGUCACGUGCAGAAUGUACAAUUAACUGGUGAUUUCCUCAUACUUUUGAUACUACUUGUACCUGUAUGUCUUUUAGAAAGACAUUGGUGGAGUCUGUAUCCCUUUUGUAUUUUUAAUACAAUAAUUGUACAUAUUGGUUAUAUUUUUGUUGAAGAUGGUAGAAAUGUACUAUGUUUAUGCUUCUACAUCCAGUUUGUAUAAGCUGGAAAAUAAAUAAAUAUAACAUAAA